AUGUUGCUAUUGCAUACAUCUGGUGCAACUUCUUUUGAAGAUUUACGAACUGUCAAUGGCAAUAUUGCUGAAACAUUUCGUAACGCAGGAUGCAAGAGGACAAAGUACAAGGAUGAAAUUUAUGAAGAUUAUAUUCGACGAAUGAAUGAGGAACAGGCUGAGUACAGGCUGCUUCAAGAUAUUAAUUCUGUACUUAGGCAAUUUGGUAAAUCUCUUGCUGAUUAUAAUCUUCCUCAUUUAGAUGUAUUACCCCCAGCUGAAAACAUUGAUAUAGCUAUAGAGGCCGAAAGAGCUUCUCAACUAAGGGCUCAACUUACCUACGAACAGACUGCACUGGCUAAUGCAGUCAUAGAAGCUGUUGUAAAUGUUGCUAACACUACAGCCCAAAACAACCGUCUGUUUUAUUUAAAAGGUGCUGGUGGUAGCAGUAAAAUCUUUAAUUUUAAUUACCUUAUGUCUAAACUUACAGGCAGAGGUUUCCAAGUUGGAACUCCUGCAUUUACUGACAUAGCAACACUUUUGAAAAAGGGUACCAUCAUUCAUAGACUAUUCCGGUUACCUGUUUCCAUUGUAGGGAAAAGUACAUGCAGCAUAACCCCGGUUUCUGCUUAUGCUGCAGAAUUGCGACGAAAGAAUCGUCUUCUACAAGAUAUUUGUAAUAAUGAACUUCCAUUUGGAGGUAAAGUUGUUCUUUUAGGUGGUGAUUUUUCACAGUUACUGCCUGUUGUCAGAAAAGGAAAAUCAACUGAAAUUGUAGACAUGUGUUUAAAAAGUUCUCCAUUAUGGCACUUGUUUAAAGAAUUUCGAUUACAUCGAAACAUGAGAACAAGGCCAGGAGAACAACAAUUUGCUGCAAGUCUUCUGCAAGUUGGAAAAGGUGUUUUACCUGUUCGGGAGCAAGAACCUUUCCAAGGUGCAAUUAAAGUGCCAUCCCAAUGCGUGAUAGAAUAUGAAUGUAUUGUUGAAACUUUGUUUAGGGAUUUUUACCGGAAAUUAUGGCAUUAUCUGUGGUACUAA